AUUACAGGUUUAGACAUUUGACAGUAACAGACCUACACAAAACCACAGAUCAAAGUUGAAUGGCGCAUGUGUCCUGAAACUAAUUCAUCUAAUUUGAAUUUACCGUUUCUAUCAGAACUUAGAGUACCAAUACAAAACUAAACCAAAACUAAGUGAUAUCAUGGAACAAAUUACAAAUAUGGAAUGCAUAGACUUUCGAUUUCUUCCAAGGACCAAUACUUCACAUACACCAGAUGCACUAUUAAGUACGACUCAAAGAACAGUAGGACAGAAAGUAUACCUCACGUGCCCUGAAGACUAUAAAUUGAUUGGACGAGAUAUUAUCACGUGCUUAAGUUCUGGUAGAUGGAAUGUAGAGGCGCAACCUCACUGUACAGAUGAAACAUUUGCUAUGUCAGACUCUACAAAACUUUACAUUGGUGUAUUUUGUGCCUGUGGAGCAUUGUUUCUAUUUGCUGUUACUAUACUGAUAGCGAAACUAACGUGUUUUAGUGACAAAGAACUUCGAAGGAGAAGAACAGACGGCUUAGGGACACAGUCAGUUGAUUCUAUGACAUAUGUUCACGAUAUAAAAGAUCAUCCUCCUGCUGUCAUUAGUGUUGCAGAGGACGGGUCAGAGGUCGGCAUCAUUAGACCAUUUGAGACAUUUAUAAACCCUGCGUAUUACCAACAACCCCGUCCUCGUUUAUCAAGUCAUUCUCGAUCUACCGGAAGUACUCUUGAAAGCGAGGCUGACUACGAUGCACCAUGGAGUACAGGGUCACCAGAUGAACGACAAUGUUGUCACACGAACACGAACUGUCAUGAACCUGUGGAUAGACGGUGGAGCGAUCGUAGUAUAAAGGCCAUGAAUAAUUAUGAUUAUGAAAGGUAUGGUAGAAUACCACGAAUCAAUCCAAAUAAUGCGCCAGUAUUUGAGUUACCGGAAGAUGAUCAGACGCCAUUUUGAUUUUCGAAAACUCUCCGGCGUAUUCUAUCGCAGCGAUCGUCUCCCCUAUAUAAGAUCUCACUCAACAGUAUAUGCGUCUGAAUAAGUUAAUUUUCAAGGAAAUGAGACAUUAAAUGGAUAUAUGUUUAACAUGUUUAACGUGUGAUGAAAUUGUCUUGUGUUAGGCAUAUAUUAUGUGAUGCCAUUUGUCUUGGAAAAAAGUAUUUAUUUGUAUUUUUUGUUUACAUCAAUGACCUAUGCAAUUUAGUUAUUUAUAUUUUUAUGAUUAUAUUAAUCCCAAAUUCAAAUAUGUAUGUGUAAAUAAAUAUAAAC